AUGAAUUCUGAAAAAUGGGUCUUCAAUAUUUUAUUCCUUGUGUAUCUUUUCUUCGGACUAUGCAAUUCCACCAGUGACACCAUAACUCCGAAUCAACCCAUCAAAGAUGGUGAGCUUUUAGUGUCCAAUGGUAAGACCUUCGCACUUGGGUUUUUCAGUCCUGGAAAUGGAACAUCCAAUCGCAGGUAUGUUGGAAUAUGGUACUACAAAAUCUCUGAACAAACCGUAGUUUGGGUUGCCAAUCAAGACAACCCAAUCAAUGGUAAGUCUGGAGUAAUAUCCAUCAACCAAGAUGGAAACCUUGUCAUCUACGACGACGACAAUACCCAUAAUGUUACUUGGGAUACAAAUAUUUCAACAGCAGCUGCAACAAACAGUUAUUAUUCAGCUCGACUCUUGGAUUCGGGGAAUUUGGUGGUUAGUAAUAGUAGCAAUAAUAGUACUAUUUUUGUAUGGCAAAGUUUUGAUUAA